UCGGAUCUGAUGAUGAAGACCUUGUAGUCUUCCUCAGCAGGUUACAUUAUUUAAACGUUGACCUCUGACCCACAUUCUAAAGCUCCAUCCGCGCGCUGAUUGGUCAACGAGGAUCUUUCCAGAACGCGCUCGCGUGAACGCGCUCGACCUGUGUUUCCAGGAGACUAUCCCUGUGCCUGCGCACUUGAUGCGCGCACUCGACAGUCGGGCGUGCCCGCCAGUGGAAUGCGCGUGCUCGCCGCCGCUGCCAGUGCAGGUUGGAGUGCGCGUUCAAACCUGAAGCUCCGCUGCGUUUCUGCGCGCUGCUGUGCUGAGGUGCGCACCGUUCCGGCGCAAACUGCGCCUGUUCUCCCCUCCUCUUCCUCGGGAUGAAGAGCCGACGUCUCCUCUGCACCUGAACUACCCGCCGCUGCGUCAUUUUCUUCUUUCUGCGGGGUUUGGAUGCGUUUGCGCAACAUAGCGGACUGCGACAGAACUUCUGACCCGUUUUAAUAAUUGUUUUUCUCUCUUUUCCUGAACAUUUAUUCGUUGAUUUGUGGGUUCGGGGCCAUGAGCUGUGAAGGAGCAGGUCUGUAGCGGCCCGUCUGGGUCCAUGAGGAGGUGCGCGUGUUUCUGACGGAUCUCGGCUUAUAUAAGAGGAGCGACAUGUAUGCGGGACGCAAGAGGAGAAAACCGGUCCAAAGAGCGGCGAAGCAGCCUCCGGCUGAAGGUGCCAAGUCCAACCCGUCCAAACGGCACCGGGACCGGCUGAACGGUGAACUGGAGCGGCUGGCUAGCCUGCUGCCUUUUCCUGAGGAUGUCACUGCCAGUCUGGACAAACUGUCCAUCCUCCGUCUGAGUGUCAGCUACCUGAGAGCCAAGAACUUCUUCUCAGUGGCCCUGAACAGCCGCAACGGAGCGAGUGCAGCCGGUGCCAAAGAUGACGACGACAAAGUGGGACCGGCCGAAAGCAGGAUCCCCGAGGGAGAACUCCUGCUGCAGGCUCUCAACGGGUUUGUCCUGGUUAUCACUGCCAGUGGGACCAUCUUCUACUCCUCCCACACCAUCCAGGACUACUUGGGCUUCCAUCAGACUGACGUCAUGCAUCAGACUGUUUAUGAACUGGUUCAUACGGAGGACCAGCAGGAGCUCAGGAGAAACCUCCACUGGGCUCUGAAUCCUCCCUCUGCAGCAUCUGGAGUGACUCAGGACUCCCUUCAAGGUGUUGUUGCUGCAGAGACAGAGCCAGAAAGCAGCUCGCCUUUGGUCACCUACAACCCCGAACAACUUCCUCCGGAGAAUUCCUCCUUCCUGGAAAGGAGCUUCGUGUGUCGCUUCCGAUGCCUCCUGGACAACUCCUCCGGCUUCCUGGCUCUGAACAUCCACGGCAGACUCAAAUUUCUGCACGGACAGAACCAACGGCAAGAAAACGGAGGAAAGGCACCACCACAGCUUGCUCUUUUCGCCAUCGCAACCCCUCUGCAGCCUCCGUCCAUCCUGGAGAUCAGGACCAAGAACAUGAUCUUCAGGACCAAACACAAGCUGGACUUCACCCCCCUGGCCUGUGAUGCAAAAGGGAAGAUCGUUCUGGGCUACACUGAGGCUGAACUGCGGGUACGAGGAACAGGCUAUCAGUUCAUCCAUGCAGCAGAUAUGUUGUACUGUGCAGAGAACCAUGUCAGGAUGAUGAAGACUGGAGAAAGUGGACUGACUGUGUUCCGGCUCCUCACCAAGGAGAACCGCUGGAAAUGGGUCCAGGCCAACGCCCGGCUGGUGUACAAGAACAGCAAACCGGACUACAUCAUCGCCACCCAGAGGCCCCUGCUAGACGAAGAAGGAGGAGAACACCUGCGGAAGCGCUCCAUGCACCUACCCUUUACCUUUGCCACAGGUGAGGCCCUGCUGUACCAGUCCAGUCACCCCAUUGCAGGCUUUAAGGAUGGAAGUCAGGAGAAACACGGCAGUAAGUCCAAGAAGAGCCGGACCGACAGGGUCGCGCGGGAUGAUCCGGAUGGUCUGGAUCCCGGCUCCCUGCUCGGGGCCCUAAUGAGUCAGGAUGAGUCGGUGUAUGUCUGUCAACCAGCCCCGGAGCCCAAAAUGUCCUUCCACAGUGUCUUUGGAGACCAGAUGGAUUCUGUCUCUGAAACCUGCAGGCAACGCAGGAGUUGGGCUGAGCCAGAGAACAGUGUGGUGACCCAGGGCAUCACGGAGCCUGGCACCAGCUUCGACCCUCUGUUGGCUACUCUGGACUCGCUGUCUCUGGAGGGGCAGGGGGUUUUGGAAGCCGAGGAGGGAGGCUGUUCAAACGGGGAGUUGUUUGGAGCUCUGGAGGGUCUGGGGCUGAGCGCUGAGGACCUGGAGCUGCUGCUGCUGGACGAGCGGAUGAUCCGAGUGGAGAUGGACCCUGAGCGUGUGCCCACGUUGGAUGAUCUACUGACGAAUGAUGAAAUCCUCUCCUACAUCUACGACUCUAUCGAAGGAAAGACUGACUCUGCAGAUCUUGGAGGACAGGUGCCCCCAAGCACUGCUGCAGGGACAUCCUCGACAGCAUUGCUGCCCGAAAACAACCUCAAAUCUGAUGCUAACAUCCAGAUGGGGUUUCCUCCUCUGAUGGGCGAGACUCCCAUUGUGCAGCUGUCGCAGCAGAUGCAGCAGCACCUCAACAUGCAGGCGGGUAAGGUGACGUGCGACUGGGCCCAACGCGGUGACCAUGUGACUAACACGAUGGUAAACGGAGAACUGAUGGGAAAACAGCUGCCCAACGGACAGUGGACACCCCAAGACAUUUUAACCACUGCAGGGAUACAACUGGAACACUUGAACAUGCAGCAGACUGCAGGCGAGCUUCAUCAUCAUCACCAUCAGCUGUCCCAGCAGUGCCACAACAAACAGACGGCAGCCAACCUCAACAUGCCAUGUACCGUCUCCAGCUCGGAGCAGUCUGCAGGAAAAACCUGCUGGCAGGAGUUUGGAUUCAGUGAGAGUCCCUGCCUCAAUAACGGCCAAAAACCGCUCACUAACACACUUCCGGAGUCAUGCACGGAUUACAGCAUGCCUGACAUUCACAAUGUGGAUUACACUGUCACUGGAAACAGUUUGUUUGCGAGAAUUGGACAUCAGCAGGCGAGCGAGUCCGCUAUGUCAUCUUUCCAGGAGAUGAACCACAAGCUGCAGCAGGAGCAGAUGCCGGCCCCUUUAGCUCAGGUCAUCUCCAGCCUGUCUCAGUGUCCUCCCCCCAACACAUCUCUGGAGCAGAUCCUUGGAGUGGGCAAGUCCUGUCGGCAGCUGGACCCGUACGGCAUGGUGACGUCUGAGAUCUGCCACGACCCCGGCCACAGUAAGAUGGAGAACGGCUGCAUCCUGAACAGUUCUUACCCAGGAAGCUGCGCUCUGCCUAAUGGCAAUGGACCGGCACCCCCCGUCGUCCAGAUGCCCGGCCCUGAGCCUUUACCGGGCCUCCCAGACCCACCAGCCACCGGCUUCUACCUCUGACCACGUGAGCAGGGGCAGCCAUGUAGCAGGACACUGUGAAGAACCAGAAACAGGAUGACUGGAGCAGCCUUAUACCUGCAGACAACACUGAGGAAUCUCAGGCCCCCGUGUUGCUUCUGUUCUUUCAUUUGGACUAGUUUUCUGGUGGGGGGAGUUGAGGGGGGGUUGUGGUCAUUGUGUUGUACAGUAUUUCAAGUCAUGUUAUCAUAUGAGUUCUUUGUUUACAAUGAUGCAGUGAAGAGUGAUCAGUUUAUUUAUGUAACGCAGAGAAGGAAAUACGAGUUUUAUGAAUCAGUAUUCAGAUUCAAUGCAAACUUCUUUUAGAGUCAAACCAGUCAGUAUUUAAAUAUUAUACAUCUGUUAUUUUCAUGUAAUACUUUGGUACAUUUUAAACACCAUGAAACAGUAAGCAAACCGAAGGAAGAUGUGAGUGGAUUAAUGUGAUCCCAGCUUAUCAGAGCCGAUAAAUCCUUCACUCUCACAGCGAGAAUCAUUCUGCUGGUGUGGAUGUAAACUAAAGAUUAAUUUUCCUGUAACACCCAACAUGGCUUCCAGAGUGAUGUCCAGGUUUCUAGUCGUUCUGCAGAUGAACAGGACUCAUGAUGAAAAUGUCGGUUUGUCAGAUGUAGUGACGUCCAAUAGAAACUCCCCCUCCUGCAUCUACAACCAAACCUGCUUCAGAGCCAUUCGGGUUUGUUUUGUCCCUCCUAGGUUACUGUAGAUGUUGAACAUGAUGAUGGGGGACGUAAUGAAUAAAAAUAGAUCUUAUUAUAUUGCAUUUUAGUCAGUAGUUCACCUUAAAAAUUUUCUGUACUGGAACUGAACCCGCACACCUCUUCGGGUUCAUAUGUGCAAGCCCCUUCUGGUGACAGCGCUAGAUAAUAUAUGAACCCUUUAAAGCCUGAUCUGAGAAAUAAUGGGCAGAAAAUUCACAUUUUUUAAUCUGUAGUCUUUAUUAAAACCUUAUAUGAUUUUAAAAAAAUCAUUUGCAUAUAUAUACCGGUUAUUACUGUGUGAUAUGUCAGAAUAAUUGUAAUACAAAAGAUAUCAACCGGGGGCAGAAGACAAGUAUCACAUUGCAUACAUCAGGAUUUUGAGCAAAGUUUUUUACAAAAAGUGAUGCAUUAGGUCUCAGAAACAGGAUGUAUUUGACAUAGUACAUACAGUGUUAAAGGGUUUUUUCUAGGCCAUGCUUUACUUAAUAAUUACUAGUACAUCUGAACGAGAUAAUUAAUUCAUAGCCAUGCAUGUAAUAAAAUAUGACAUAUUUUGCUAUGAGAUUGGGUUGGUAGUUUGGAGGUAUUUAGUUGGCUGGAUGACAUUACCACCAACUGAUUUUUAAAAAAAAAAAACAAGUUGCAAUACUUGUACUU